AUGCUGUACGGUAUGGAAACAGUACCGCUAACGAAAAAGCAGGAAGCGGAGUUGAAAGUAGCGGAAUUGAAGAUGUUGCGAUUUGCUCUUGAAGUGACGAGGAUGGAUAAAAUCAGAAAUGAUUACAUCAGAGGAACAACACACGUGCGUCGGUUUGGGGACAAAGCAAGGGAGGCUAGGCUGAGGUGGCUUGGACAUGUCAGGAGGAGUGACGAGGGAUAUGUGGGGAGGAGGAUGCUGGACAUGGAUCUACCUGGCAGGAGGAAGAAAGGGAGACCAAAGAGAAGGUUUAUGGGUGCUGUGAAGGGAGACAUGCAAGUGGUGGGCGUGACAGAGGAAAGUGCAGAAGAUCAAGCGCAUUGGAGAAGAGUGAUCCGCUGUGGAGACCCCUAA